AUGCCUCCAAACCUCAGAGCCUCCAUGUCUCCAUACCUCCAAGCCUCAAUGUCCCCAUUCCUCCAAGCCUCCAUGUUCGCAUGCCUCCAAGCCUCCAUGUCUCCAUGCCUCCAUGCCUCCAAGUCACCCAUGCCUCCAAGUCUCCAAGCCUCUAAGUCCUCAUGCCUCCAAGCCUCUGUGUCCCUAUGCCUCCAAGUCUCUAAGCCUCAAUGUCCCCAUGUCUCCAUGUCUCCAUGCCUCCAAGCCUCCAAGUCUCCAAGCCUCUAUGCCUCCAUGCCUCCAUGCCUCCAAACCUCCAAGCCACUACGGCUCCAAGCCUCCAAAUUCCCCAUGCCUCGAAGCCUGCACUCCUCGAAGUCCCCAUGGCUCCAAGCCUCCAAGCCUCCAUGUCCUCAUGCGUCCAUGCCUCAAAGCCUCAAUGUCCCCAUGCCUCCAAGCCUAAGUCCCCAUGCGUCCAAGGGUCUAAGCUUCAAUGUCCCUAUGCCUCCAUUCUCCAAGUCCCCAUGCCUCCAAGUCUCCAAGCCUCCAAGUCCCAAUGCCUCCAAGCCUCGAAGUCUCCAUGCCUUCAAGCCACCAUGCCUCCAAGCAACCAAGUUUCCAAGCCUCCACGCCUUCAAGCCUCCAAGCUUCCAAGGCUCCAUAUCUCCAAGCCUUCAAGCCUGCAAGUCUCCAAGCCUCCAAGUCUCCAAGCCACCAUGUCCCCAUGCCUUCUAG